AUGGCGGCCAAUCAAAUGGACGUCGACGACAACCUCGUCAACACCAAGACCCAACAUUUUGAAAAUGGAGGUAUGCCGGGGUUGACGCAGAUUCCAACCUCUGUGACCCUGUCUGCGGAGCAAUUCGAGAGGCUCUAUCUGAACCCUAUGAUGCACCGCCAGUCAGCUCUCACCAAGAACCUGGGUAACCCGACUCCACUUGGACUGGGAGCAUUUGUGUUGACCACCACCCCCCUUUCAUGCUGCUUGAUGGCUUGGAGGGGCGCAGGAGGAGGUGGUGCUGCAUUCACAGGAGUCUUGAUUCUUUUUGGUGGACUGCUCCUGGUUCUCUCUAGUAUUCUUGAGUUUGUCAUUGGAAACACCUUCUCGUCCGUUGUAUUUGGACACCUUGGUGCGUUCUGCCUGGCUUUCGGUGCUAGCAUGACUCCGAGUUUCAAUUCUGCCGCUCCAUACUCUCCAUCAACGACGGAUACUUUAGCGGGCCUUCACAGCCCCGGAUUCGUGAACACAUUUGCAUUUUUCUUUCUGUUCAUGGCCCUGUUGAUGCUCAUUUACGCUUUGUGCGCAACUCGUACAAACGCGGUUUACGUUGCUAUCUUCACAUCUCUGAUUCUAGUCUUCUCCCUUCUGGCUGCUGCAUACUGGAGACUAGGAUUGGAAGAUGCCGUGAACGGGAAUCGUUUGACAGUGGGCGGUGGUGCUGCUUUGUUUUUCGCUAGUAUGCUUGGCUUUUACUUGUUGACAGCACAACUGCUUGAUUCUGUUGGGUUCCCUGUUUGUCUACCUGUUGGCGAUUUGAGCAGGUUUUGGGGUCAAGCCAAGAAUACCCGAUCGCAAGACGUGGAGUCGGCUAACUAUGGCAACGGUGUUUAA